AUGCAGGUCGCACCAUCGUUGUUGCAGCUGUGUGUCCAGAAGCUCGCGCAGAACCUGAUUAAGUACGGUCCGAAGCGGGUGCGCUACACCACCCUCUCUGCAUUGCCUCGGAGAGCUCUGGAGGCCCUCCUGGAUAUCCUUGUGGCCAGGAAUGCCUUAAAUGACAACGUACUACCAUACUCCCUGACGCGUCAGACACAGAAAUUGGGUCUUGAAGGCGCAGCUCAGCUGCGCCGGUGUGUCCUGAGCACCAUCGGCCGCUCCUGUCCAAAUCUCUGCGUGCUAGAUGUGAGGACAUGUCAACAGGUUGACAACAAAAUUGUCAGAGAUGUCCUGCAGCAUUGUGAGCGGUUAGAAGUCCUGCGACUCGACGGGUGCCCUCGCAUUUCGGACAGUGCCUUUGCGCCCUCCCUGUGGAAGCCUCCACUGGCAGGAUUGCUCGGCUUGCGGGAGCUCUCUGUCGGGAAAUGCGGCCAGAUCACUGCUGAG